AUGGUGGAUUGUAUGAGAAGGAUAAAACUUCAUUACAGAAAAGCCCAAAGGCAGGACAACAAAACAAAGGCAAAAUACAACAGGGAAGCAAAACAGGCAACCCAGGGAGGAAGAGACCUCCAGAAACUAAAAGCAGGAAAAGGGCAGAAUACACCCGCGGGACAGGGGCCAGGGAGGCCAUCACUUGUGAAAACCAAAACCAAAGAGGGAGGAGGCUGA